AUGCUGCUCUUGGAUUAUCAGAAUGUUUUGAUUCAAUCGCUCCUCACGGAGCGGUUCUCUGGGCCCCAGCUAACUCGGUUGCCCGCAGUGCCCCCCCCAGCUUCCAUUGACCAAGUGGCCUCUGACUUUGACGGAGUGACCUUCCACGUUUCUACCCCCGAGUCCAAAACCAAGAUCCUGCUCUCUAUCAACGUGAAAUGCUUCAAGGAGCUCGUCCAAUAUGGCGCCCAGGAGGUGCUUGAGCGGGAAUACGGCCCCUACAUUGUGUCCCCCGAGCCCGGUUAUGAUUUCUCCGUACAAGUUGAUCUUGAAAACUUGCCUGCUGAGCAGGAAGCCCGCGACGAAUUGAUCAUGAAGCUCGCUCUGCUGAAGCGCAAUGCCAUGGCGGCUCCAUUCGAGAGAGCAUUCGACGAGUUCAACAAGCUUGCGGAGGAGGCUUCACGGUACACUUCGGAGUCAGCACCCCAAGGCAUGAAGGAGGGUGGCGAGGUUAUGGCUAUUCAUUAUCGUGAGGAGGAGGCCAUCUACAUUAAGGCUAGCUUUGAUCGGGUGACGGUCAUCUUCAGCACCGUGUUCCGGGAGGAGACAGAUCGCAUCUUUGGCAAGGUCUUCUUACAGGAAUUCGUGGACGCCAGACGUCGCGUUGUGACCCUGCAGAAUGCCCCUCAAGUACUGUUCCGCAACGAUGCCCCAUUGGAGUUGCAAGGUGUUCCUGGUCUGCUCACGGCGGGCGAGGGUGAAAUUAGCUACGUCACUUUUGUUUUGUUCCCCCGACACUUGACCGCCCAGCGCCGUUACGACAACAUCUCCCACAUCCAGACCUUCCGUGACUACUUCCAUUACCACAUUAAGGCUUCGAAGGCAUACAUUCACACCCGCAUGCGCAAGCGCACAGCGGACUUCCUGCAAGUUCUUAACCGGGCCAGACCGGAGAAUGAAGAGCGUGAGCGCAAGACGGCCAGUGGUCGGACAUUCCGUGUGCAAAGUUAA